AUGGAAGCGCCAGAGUUCCUCUACACACGCUACGCGAGCUUCAGAGAAGUGGAGAACAGAUCCAGAUUUGGAGGUCUGGGUAACUUCAUGAUCAGUCGUUUUGGAGGAUUCAACUUCCACGGUAGCUCCAACAACAACAACAGCACUAGCAACAGCAGCAGCAGCAGUAGCAGUAGCAAUUAUAUCAGCAGCAGCAGCAGUAGCAGCAGCAGCAGUGGUGGUGGGGCGGUCACAGAGGACUGGGAGACAUGUCAGACACUCAGUGGUGGCAUCCUGGCACCCAUUAACGACUCCACGGCCUUCAGAGUUGGUUCAGGCAGCUCCCUACCACCUAUCAGAAGACAGGAGGUGAACAGCAGGAGGGGUAGUGUGUCGUCGUCACGGAGAGGAUCUGGCUGUCUCAGGUCCGCCAGGAGCGAGGAGAGAAUACCUUUAAGAACGAGUGAUUCCUCUUCAAGUUACCAGCGUCCCGUCUACCCUGCCAGGACGACACGACGGGAAGACUUUAUGCAGGAAGUGAGGAAGGCCAAGGAGAGUAAGUCUUACUCUGAGAUGAAGAAAUUCUACUUUGAUACUUUCGAUUCCUACGCCAGUAUCUGUGCCACCUUCAAGCGGGACCCAGACUACGAUGGGGCGCGUGUUGACGAUCCUGGUCUCAAGAUGGAACUUAUAUAUACUGUCCACGACUCUGUGAGAGAGAUGCCGUCAGUGGUCCACAAACACUUCCUGAAGGCUGUGAUCAACGCCCUGCUGCAGGAGCGUCCUCACCUCUUCAGCAAGGACCGCGUGAGGGCGCUCUUCGUCAUCAUCCAGACACCAGUAUUCCUCACACAGUCAUCAUACACAGUCCUCGCCCACGUCCUCAGAAACAUCACUUCCCUCACCAACGGUGACCACCAGCUCCUCGUUCACUGGUUCAGAACACUAGAGGUGUCGCGUCUCAGGAUGAUGGUAGGGAUCAUCAUUCAGUUCCUGACGGUGCGGCAGUUCCCUCCUCCAGAUCGAUCACUUCCUCCUUUGAGUAAGAGCAAGUGGUGGAUCCCCACAGCUACCAAGGUCCUCGCUAUCCUCUACGCCAGCAACACAUCAUCACAGACACCACUGCUCCAUUACUCUGAGUUCUACAACCAUGCACUCGACCACCUCGAUCUCAUGGCUGAGUAUCGAACCUGGCAAGUUCCUGAGAGACCUGACUCCUUCUCCUUUUGUCAGUACCCCUUCAUCCUCUCCAUCGUGGCUAAGAGACACAUUCUCACCAAGGAUGCGGAGCAACAGAUGAUCCUGACAGCUCGCCGCUCUCUGGUCGACAAAGUGGCAAGACAUCAACCUCCCCAGAUUGACAUCUUCUUCCUCAACAUCAACGUCCGGAGGAACCACCUGGUGGAAGACUCUCUUAAGGAGGUUAGUGUGAUGCUGUGGGGGAGUCACACUGAUGAACCUCCAAAUAAUGGAGGGUGGAGUGGAAGGGGGUGUCAUGAGGUAUAUCUGUCGUGUCAUAGCGUGUUCGGAACAUGGCUUAACGGGUCCACAACGUGUCCACAGAUUGCGGCGAAGAAGCGAGAUCUCAAGAAGAAGUUGAAAGUGUCCUUCGAGGGAGAACCCGGCCUGGACAUGGGCGGUCUUACGAAGGAGUGGUUCAUGCUUCUCAUUAAGCAGAUCUUCAAGCCAGAGAACAAGAUGUUCGUGUACCAUCCUUCGAAGCGUCUCUACUGGUUCUCCCUGGCCCAGGAUGGCAACCUCAGGGAGUACAACCUUAUAGGCGUCCUCAUGGGUCUCGCUGUCUACAACUCCAUCAUUCUGGACGUCCAUUUCCCAGCCAUCUGCUACAGGAAGCUGCUGAGUCCACCAGUGGUACCCGCCUACGAGUACAUGGCCGUGGGCAUCGCCAAAGCUCCCGGACUCGACGACCUCAGUGAGAUCAUGCCGGAAGUUGCACAUGGACUCAAGGAGUUACUCAAGUACGAGGGUGAUGUCGAGGAAGACAUGUGUCUCAGCUUUCAAGUUUCGCUGGAGGAAUUUGGUCAACCACGAACCUUCAACCUCAAAGAAAAUGGAGAAACUUUACCGGUAACUUGUGAAAAUCGCGAAGAGUUCGUCCGCCUCUACCUCGACUGGAUCCUCAACACUGCUAUAUAUGAACAGUUCCGGGCGUUUUACCUGGGAUUUCACACCGUCUGUGCCUCAAAUGCCUUAAUUAUGUUGCGUCCAGAGGAAGUGGAGAUGUUAGUAUGUGGCUCUCCCAAGCUGGACCUCAACGAGUUGAAGAAAGUGGUCGAGUACGAUGGUUACACCGAGGACCACCCUACCAUAAAGGGAUUCUGGGAGGUGGUUAGCGAGAUGCCUGUGGAGCAGCAGAAACUCUUCCUGCUUUUCACCACCGGCAGCGACCGUAUUCCCGUAGGAGGCAUGAGCGAGAUGGUAUUUAAGAUCUCCUGCUGGAGGGGACACACUCACAUGCUGCCCCAGGCUCACACCUGCUUCAACCAACUCGUUCUUCCUCCCUACGACUCCAAGGACGUCCUCAAGAACAAGUUGUACAUCGCAUUAGCUAAUGCCGAAGGCUUUGGACUGGAGUAGCUGGCUAGCUGUCUGCACCAGUAGUGACGCUGCUGCACUAAACACUGGCUAGCUGUCUGCAGCAGUGGUGACGCUGCUGCACUAAACACUGGCUAGCUGUCUGCAGCAGUGGUGACGCUGCUGCACUAAACACUGGCUAGCUGUCUGCAGCAGUGGUGACGCUGCUGCACUAAA